AUGUGUGAUGUGUCUAGCAUUGCCUGCACAUGGCAGAUCGAGGGUGCCUACACUCCAAACGGCCAGGAGUUGAUGCGACGAGUCAGGCGCACGCUGGCAGAAACGCUGGGCACGCAGCUCUUCUUCAGCGGGGCGCUCCUGAAUCGCUUGCAAGUGCCGCAAAUCCAAGGUGAAAUGCAACUGCACCCCAACAAAUCUGACGAGUUUGCGCCCCACGUGGACAAGGCCAAUGUAGCGUCCUACGACUGGAGUGCGCUGCUCUACUUGAGCGAACACGGAACGGAUUUUCAAGGUGGGGAGCUCAUCUUCCAUGACGACGAAGAUGACAAGUUCAUUGUGCCGAGUCGGGGCCUGUUGGCUUUCUUUAGCUCUGGCUUGGAGAAUGUUCACCGCGUGAACACGAUGGCGUGGGGCCAGCGUCUCGUGCUGUCCAUGUGGUUCACCUGCAGCGAAAGGCAUUCGCACCCUGAGCUGCGGUUCCUCGCUGAGAGCCGACCCGAUGAGUUCAUCGCCGAGUCCAGCCCAUCAGCUGAGCUGUAG